AUGUCUGACCCGAGCUCGAGGCGCAGGUGGAGCUCCCGGUCCCCGCCGCCGCUGCCGCCGCCGCGCCCGGGCGCACCCGCCCGCUCGCCGUCCCGCGUCCCCCGUCGCGCCGCGGGCUCCCGGGCGGGGCCGAGGAGCCGGCCCGGCGCGCCCCCCGCCUCCUCCUCCUCGGGAAGCUUUGAUGAGACGCUUGAAUUGCUUGCCACCGCUGCUGUGGGGCCGGCGGCCAGCGGCUCCGCGACGGGGAUCGGGGCUGGGCACAGGGGCCAGGAGCGACAUAACGAUGUGACUCCUCCGCAAGGGACCCGUGAGCUUUGUGUGGACCCGGAGCUCCACCAGGUGAGAAGAGUGAUGACCAUCCUUUUCCUUACUAUGGUUAUUUCAUACUUCGGUUGCAUGAAGGCUGCCCCCAUGAAAGAAGCCAACGGCCGAGGACAAGGCAGCUUGGCCUACCCAGGUGUGCGGACCCAUGGGACUCUGGAGAGCGUGAACGGGCCCAAGGCAGGGUCGAGAGGCCUGACAUCCUUGGCUGACACUUUUGAACACGUGAUAGAAGAGCUGUUGGACGAGGACCAGAAAGGUCGACCCAAUGAAGAAAACAGUAAGGACGCGGACUUAUACACUUCCAGGGUGAUGCUCAGUAGUCAAGUGCCUUUGGAGCCUCCUCUCCUCUUUCUGCUUGAGGAAUACAAAAAUUACCUGGAUGCUGCAAACAUGUCUAUGAGGGUCCGGCGCCACUCUGACCCUGCCCGCCGCGGGGAGCUGAGCGUGUGCGACAGCAUUAGCGAGUGGGUGACAGCGGCAGAUAAAAAGACUGCAGUGGACAUGUCGGGCGGGACGGUCACCGUCCUUGAAAAAGUCCCUGUAUCGAAAGGCCAACUGAAGCAGUACUUCUACGAGACCAAGUGCAAUCCCAUGGGUUACACAAAGGAGGGCUGCAGGGGCAUAGACAAAAGGCAUUGGAACUCCCAGUGCCGAACUACCCAGUCGUACGUGCGGGCCCUCACCAUGGAUAGCAAAAAGAGAAUUGGCUGGCGAUUCAUAAGGAUAGACACUUCCUGUGUAUGUACAUUGACCAUUAAAAGAGGAAGAUAGUGGAUUGAUGUUGUAUAGAUUAUAUUGAGACAAAAAUUAUCUAUUUGUAUAUAUACAUAACAGGGUAAAUUAUUCAGUUAAGAAAAAAUAAUUUUAUGAACUGCAUGUAUAAAUGAAGUUUAUACAGUACAGUGGUUCUACAAUCUAUUUAUUGGACAUAUCCAUGACCAGAAGGGAAACAGUCAUUUUGCGCACAACUUUAAAAAGUCUGCAUUUCAUUCCUCGAUAAUGUUGUGGUUUGUUGCCGUUGCCAAGAAUUGAAAACGUAAAAAGUUUAAAAAAAAAAUAAUAAAUUGCAUGCUGCUUUAAUUGUGAAUUGAUAAUAAACUGUCCUCUUUCAGAAAACAGACAAAAAAAAAAAAA